AUGUCCGGCGAUCAGGCUUUUCAGUGCCAUGUUUGCACGGCAGCAGAAGACCACUUGGGUAAUCCAAUUGGUCAAAAUAAUAUUUUUUGUGGUGAAUCGUUCGUCGAUAAUCUUUACCUGACUGACUGCGCAGAAGAUCAGGAUGUCUGUGUUACAGAUGUUCGAAUCGAUUGGAUCAAGCAAGGAACACAAAUCAUUACAACAGUACGAAGAUGCGGUAAAUCCGAAGACGACCUACAAAAAAAUGGGCAGUGCUUUGGAAAUUAUCAGCUAUUUCCUCAUCCAUUCAACCUUUUCAAGGAUUGUUUGAGUGUAUGUAGCGACUCUGGCUGCAACAACGCAGAUUCAUACGAAUCCGCUCUUGAUGCUCAUGCUGAAGAUAUUGGAGCCAGUGAGGAAAUCGAGUGCCACGCUUGUCAACUGAGCGAAAUCAACGGUGAAAUCAGCGGCAAUCUAGGCUGCCGAGAUGGAGAAAGCACUGUUCCCGUCAAAAAAUGCCCUCGUCACUUGGGAAAUAGCUGCUUCACCGCAGCUGAGUGGGUAAGCGAGGUACAAGGAAACUUCGUCAUAGAGUCAGAAGAGGACCAUCGAGGUUGUUCCGCAUUCGACUUCGAAAACCCGAAUCAAGAAUGCAUCUACUCAUUGUCUGCUACUGGGGAAUAUUCUGACUGUAAGAAGACAUGUGAAGAAAGCAAAUGUAAUACUGGUCCUCUUGAAAAGAGAAUUUCAUGCAUUACAUGCACUGGAACCCGACUUUUUAAUGGCGAAGGAACCGGUGUCGGAGACAACAAUUGCUUCGAAUUAGUUGGUGGUAAUCUCAACAUUCAAGAAUGUGAAUCAAACAGCCAUGUUUGCGAAACAGAGCUUGAAGUCGACUGGCUCACCACUGGAGUUCAGCAGCAAACUAUCCGAAGAGGUUGUACUCUUCCUAAUCCUGAUCAGACAGAGCCCGAAUUCUGCGAAAAAGGAGAAACUGAAAAUCGAGACUUCAUGUACCGAGACUGUCAUUCACGAUGCGAUGGUCCUCAGUGCAAUGUUGGGAUGGAUCAUGUCCAAGCUCUCCACCAAAAGGUACUCGAGGAGGAAGGAGCGCCAAAGCUGUCAUCUUGCCAAGUCUGCAAAUUCAUUCAACGUAAUGAUGGAACAGUUGAGGGAGAUACAAACUGCCUUGACACACCAAACAAACCAGACGAGUGUCCGAUUCAUGCGAACGCUGGCUGCUUUACAACUUCCUCAAUCCACUUUUACGAUGGUGCCGCGCGGGAAGAAGUUUAUAGAGGUUGUUCGGCAUUCCACGUUCCAGCGCAAGACUCAGAAUGGUGUAAUCCUUCUGAACUUGGUAAUACACGAUACAACGUCUGCAAAAAACAGUGUACAACAACUAACUGCAACAACGAAGAGCACGAACAACCAGAACUACCAAUUGAUGGUCUCUGGUCAGCAUGUGAAGUUUGCGACCAAACUGUUGACCAAUUCAAUGUUACUAUUGGUCUCGGCAACGAUGGAUGUUUUGAUGGUUCGAAAAGUUAUUUAAAACUUUGUGAAAACCCCAAUGAUCACUGCGUCACCGAUCUCCAGGCUGACUGGUGGGCCCGAGGACACCACACCUACAGCAUCCGACGUUACUGUGGAACUGAUGCCAAUACAGAUAAAUGCACGGAAGGCUCAACAGCCACAAUCAGUUUCAAAGAUUGCAAGACUUCCUGUGACCCUCGCAAUUUCAAUGAGCUCAGCGGAUGCAACGCUGGACUUGAAAAAGUAUCAGCACUUUUCGCCCCUGAAGAUGGAAAGGGAGUUGACAGUUGCUACACCUGCCAGUAUUACGAAAACAAUGACGGUACUGUGAUUGGUGAUAAAGACUGCGGAUCUCAAGUUCAGACUAUGGCGUAUGCAAGAACCUCGUGCUACCAUGCGUCGAGUACUCAUGUUGACUACUUUGACAACAACAAUGAGUUCACUGACGAGUUCAGAGGAUGUUCUCCAUUCAUAGAGACCCGUGCUGACUAUUGCUAUGAAUCAAAUAUAAACAAUCUUCUUCAUCGUAACUGCCGAGAAACUUGCAAUGACAACAACAAUUGUAAUCGGGAUGAAAUUAUUCUCCGAGAUCGAUGCUACACUUGCUCUGGGACUAAAAAUAGCCUUGGUGAAGCUCUUGGAGUCACUGAUUUGAAUUGCUUUGACAACGUUCAGCCAUCUAUGCUCCAACAGUGCGGUAACGGCGAAGUCUGUGCUGAUGAGAUGCUUGUUGACUGGAUGCCUCGAGGAGAGCAAGUUGUCCAGAUCAAGAGAGGAUGCGUUUCCAGCGUUUCCUCACAGUGUACAGAAGGCGGUAGCUCUUUGAUUAAAUUCAAGGAUUGCUACUUGCAAGUUUACGGCGAUGCUAAGAAUGACAAUCUAGAUGUCGGUCAGAAAUUCAUUGAUCCAUCUCACCAGCAAGACAGUUGUCACAACUGCAGAUAUGUCGAAGAAGACGACGGAGACGUAAGCGGAAACCAGAUAUGCCAAGAAGACCUUGCAUCAAGUGAUCAGUUCAAAGAAAAGUGUCCUGAUUAUGCGAGUCUGGGUUGCCAGGCCUCAGCGGCGGUCCAUAAUUAUGAAGGUGUCGAAAAAUUUGAAGUUUAUAAAUCUUGCUCUUCAUUCUUCAUCGGUGGCACAAACCAGGAGAUCUACAAUCAGUCCAUGUCUAGCUCCGGCCAGCAAGUAGAUUAUUCAAUCACGAAGACCACUUGCCGAGGUCCAAACUGCAACAAUAAGCAUCUAACACCACCCCCUGUUGGCGAGCCGAUUCCUAAAGGACCACAGUGCUUGGUCUGUACAGAAACCGUUGACCAAAACAAUGCGACAGUGGGCACUGGCUCUUCGGGAUGCUUUAGUGGACACAUGAAGUUUGUGCAAGAGUGUGCUAUCGGAGAUAUUUGCAGCGCCCAUAUGGAAAUUGAUUGGUUCGCCAAAGGAAAUAUGCAAUACAGAAUCUAUCGGAAUUGUGCAUCAAAUCCUGUCCCCGACACUUGCUACUCGGGUGGAUCGAGUCUUAUUCAGUAUAAGGACUGUUAUUCAAGCUGCGAUCCAAUGGUUGAUGGACCAGGAUGCAACAAUGACCUCGAAGAAAUCGCGAACAAAUUUACUGCUGGAGAAAACAGAGUAGACGAAUGUUUCAAAUGUGAAUGGGAAGUCAAGCAAGAUGGCACUGUCGUGGGUAAUCCAGAGUGCGGCAAAAAUGUUGCUGUUGGGAACUAUCCGAAGGUUUCUUGCCCGCGGUAUGCUGAUACAGCUUGCUACUGGGCUGCAAGUUUUCACAGAGAUUAUAAUGACGGAAUAACAGAAGUAGAAGAAGAUCAUCGAGGUUGCUCUGCUUUCGAGCUUACAAGACAAAACCAGUGUGAGCGAAGAGAAAUAUCUGGUUUAGAUCAUCUUAACUGCAAAGAAACAUGCACUGAUAAUGGCUGCAACUCUGAACAAGUCGUUCGUCAUUUACAAUGCCAUACUUGCCAAGCCACUAAGAACGCUCAGGGACUCUUCGUCGGUGUCUCUGAUAUCAAUUGCUUUGACUACCCGCAACUAACAGAGGUCCAAGAAUGCAACUUCGAAACUGAAUUUUGCCAAACCGAAAUGAUUACUGACUGGUACGGACGCGGCCAACAAGAAGUAACAAUCCGAAGAAGUUGUGCUUCCAAAGCUGCCGGUGACUGUCAACAAGGAUCAACAGAACGAAUCAUGUACAAAGACUGCUUCCAUACUUGUGAAGAUAUGCUUUGCAAUACUGGUCUUGAAGUAGCGGAUCUCUUUGAUGAUGGCAUUGGCCAGGAAAACUGUGUUACUUGCUUCUACGCAGAAGAAGAUGAUGGAGAUGUCAAUGGAAACACAAACUGCGUUAAAGUUCCUGAUGCAAGUGCACUUACUGGAAAAUGUCCAAAGUGGGCACAAAACGGAUGCUUUACUGGAGCUGCAAAACACAGCGUCAGCACUGGUCCUGAUGGUGAGCGAGAAGAAGUCUACAGAGGUUGUUCAACCUUCGCUCUCCAGGCACCUAUCUUUGAUAAUGCUACACUUGUUGGCGGAACUGAGUACGUUAUUUCAAAAGAAACUUGUGUUGGUGAAGAUUGUAACGAAAAACCUGUUGAUAUUGGAUCACCGCCCGUGAGCUUCACUUGCUUCGUUUGUACUGCUACUCAGGACCACACUGGAAUGCUUUUGGGAACUGCUGAUCCAACUUGCUUCUUUAAUCCAGGACCCCAUCUGGCUUACACAUGUCCGAACGAGGAUGAUGUCUGUAUUGCAGAGAUGAUCGUCGACUGGACUCGAAGAGGCGCACAAACGGCAACGAUCCAGCGUCGAUGUGGGCAGCCUAUCAUUAAUCCCGGAGGUCAAGAAUGUAUUGAACAACGAAAUCAGCAAAACUUUGCUAAAGAUUGCGGUUUCUACACGCCUGAAAAGAAUGGCAACGGCCUCAGUGCUACUGCUCACUUGUGGGGACUCUUCAGCACUCUUCCCGAAGGAAAUACGACUUCUUGUCACACAUGCAAGUUUGGAAAGGAUCGCUUUGGAAACUUCCUUCCAGGUUCCAAUGAAAAUUGCCAAAAGCUUGAUCCUGAUGACCAUAAUUUCGAAAUGGAGUGUCCUCAAUGGGCUGAUGCUGCUUGUUUUACUGCUGCCACAUGGCAUACAGAAGCUGGUAUCGAAGUUGAAGAAGAUUACAAAGGAUGCUCCUCAUUCGCUCUUACUCAAGAGGAAAUGUAUUGCAGUGUUGUGGACAUCGAAGGUGAGCCGCAUAACAGUUGCAAAGAAACUUGCCAAUACGAGAACUGCAACCAGUACACUCCACAGAAAAAGAAGUCCUGCUUUUCUUGCACCGCCACAGUUGAUUCAAAUAAUGCGACCGUCGGAAUUGGAAGCCCAAGCUGCUGGUCUGAAUUCCCUGACGGAAAUCUCUUGGAAACCUGCGAUGUUGAUGAAGCCUACUGUAUCGUCGAUGUUGAAUCAGAUUGGUCUAUUCAUGGCAAACAAACGUACACUGUAAAACGUGGUUGUUCCAAGACACCAGCUAUGAAAACCUGCGCACAAGGUCAGUCCGGUCAAUUUUACUGGAAGGACUGUGCGGAUUCUUGCGAAUAUGAUGGAUGCAAUAGCUACCUUGCUGGAGCAACCGAUAAGUUCGCAGAAGGAAUGAACGCAACUGUCGCAUCUUGUUACACUUGCGAUUACCUCGAAAACGAUGAUGGAACCGUUGAUGGCAACGUAAAUUGUGGAGACAAUCCAGGUCUGAUUGAAAUAAACGGCGGUGAAAGUGUAAAAACCAUGUGUCCACCAUACGCUCAGCUUGCCUGCUACACUGGUACUGCUUUCCACUAUGAUAAAGACGGCGUUGGCCACGAAGAGGUCUACAAAGGAUGCUCUACCUUUGAUUUACACGAGACUGACCCUGUUUGUGAUACUAUUCUCGAGAACGUCGAUGAAGAUGGAAACGAAGAUGUCUUUGGUGUUUGCAAGCAAACAUGCACUGAUGAUAACUGUAACGAAGGCCACCAACGCCCAUGCGUUCCGGGAGCAGGCUCAGAUUGUGGAGUUCUCUCUUGCUACACUUGUGAAGGAACCUACGAUCAUAUGAACAACACCGUUGGAUUCAGUUCACCUAAUUGUCUUGCCUUCCCAUCAUACAAUGAUUUCCAAAGUUGUGCUCCUGGCCAGAACUAUUGUAUCGUUGACAUCCAGAUUGACUGGUAUAUCACUGGCGAGCAAACCACUCGAGUUCGACGAGGUUGUUCAUCCUACCCGAUGAGUGAAACGUGCCGUUCUUCUGGAAAUCCGACCAGCCAGGCCCAAUUCAAAGACUGCGGUGUUUCAUGUGAAGAGGCUGGUUGUAACCGAGACCUCGAUGAUGCAGCUCGAAUGUUCAUUGAAAAAGAUGAAGAAAGGCAAGACAAGUGUUACGCCUGCCAAUACAUUGAAAACGAUGAUGGAGAUGUUCAAGGCAAUAAAUAUUGUGCGGACGAGCCAGAUCUGAUCGAUGUAUCAGUUGAUUGCCCAAUGUAUGCUCAAAAAGCUUGUUUUACGGGUACAAACGUUCAUUACAACAAUGAUGGAGUCGUAAAAGAAGCUGUUUACAAGGGAUGUUCAACAUUCGAAAUGGAGGCACCAGAUAUCGUUUGCAACAACAACUUCUUUGAAAUGGAGAGCCAAGGGCAACUUCAAACUUAUGGCGUCUGCAAACAAUCAUGCAACGGCGACAAUUGUAACAAAUUCCAUGAAAGACCUUGCUUGCCCGGGGCUGGAGAUGACUGUGGAAUCAUCAAUUGCUACACUUGUGAAGUCACCGUCGACUCUAACAAUCAGACAGUUGGAUUCGGUAACCCUUCCUGCUUCGGAGACUAUCAAGACAUCAACGAUCUGAAAAUGUGCCCCUCGGGAACAACUCACUGCGCCGUUGAUAUCGAAGUCGACUGGUUCCAAAAUGGUGAACAACAGACACGAAUCCGCAGAGGCUGUGCUCCUCCAGAGGAAGAGACUCCAAUGUACGAAGAAUGCCGCGACGCAGUUUCACAGAACCAAUUGUUUAUGUACAAAGAUUGUACUGGCUACUGUAACAUGACUGCUUGCAACAGUGAUACUUCUCUUGCCGCUGAGAAAUUCAUGACUGGAAUCGCUUACACUCAAGAAAGCUGCUUCACCUGCAAGUAUGGAGAGAAAGAUGACGGAACUGUUUUUGGUAACCAGUUUUGCGCUGAUGAGCCGGACAAACUCGAAUAUGCCUCACAAAAAUGCGCCUUAUACAAUAAUCUUGGCUGCUACACCGGAACUAACGCACAUUACACUACCGAAGGUGUGAGUGUCGAAGAAGUUUACAAAGGAUGCUCUGCAUUCGAGAUUCCUAUGAAUGACGACUUUGGACUUUGUGGAAUCAUCUACAGGGACGAGAAUCCGGACAGCAACGAUUACGAAGUUGGUGCUUGCAAACAGUUCUGCAAUGAUGGUCCUGAUUGCAACAAGGGUCAUGUGCGACCAUGCAUCCACGAAGAGGGCAACGACUGUCCCCAAGGCGGCGACUCAAGUGCGGUUGCGAUCACUUCCUCACUCAUCGCUCUCAUCAUUUCCAUGAUUUUAUAA